AUGUCCGAGGCCAUCCACUCGCAGUACGACUCCAUCCUCAUCCUCGACUUUGGGUCGCAGUACUCGCACCUGAUCACGCGACGAUGCCGUGAGCUCAACGUGUACUGCGAGAUGCUCCCCUGCACGCAGAAGAUCAAGGAUCUGGACUGGAAGCCCAAGGGCAUCAUCCUCUCCGGCUCGCCGUACUCGGUGUACGACGACAUCGCGCCGCGCGUAGACCCGGACGUCUUCACCGCCGGCGUGCCCGUGCUGGGCAUCUGCUACGGCCUCCAGGAGAUCGCCUGGAACCACGGCGGCAAGGUGGACCCGCACGACAAGCGCGAGUACGGUCACGCCGAGGUCGAGGUGGUCAAGCACGGCGUGCCCCACCUCGACGCGCUCUUCAAGAACUGGGAGGGCAGCGUGCAGGUCUGGAUGUCGCACGGCGACCAGCUCAGCAAGGCGCCCGAGGACUUUGUCGUCAUCGGCAAGACGCCCACCGCCCCCUUUGCCGCCAUGGCGCACAAGUCCAAGCCCAUCUACGGCGUCCAGUUCCACCCCGAGGUGACGCACAGCGUGCGCGGCGUCGAGCUCUUUGACAACUUUGUCGACAUCUGCCACUGCCGCCGCGACUGGACCAUGGAGACGUUCAUCGACAAGGAGAUCAAGCGCAUCCGCGAGAUCGUCGGUCCCAAGGGCCAGGUGCUCGGCGCCAUUUCCGGAGGUGUCGACUCGUCCGUCGCCGCCAAGCUCAUGCACGAGGCGAUUGGCGACCGCUUCCACGCCGUCAUGGUGGACAACGGCGUGCUGCGCACCAACGAGGCGGCGCAGGUGUACGAGAUGCUCUCCAAGGACCUCGGCGUCAACCUCACCGUCGUCGACGCCUCGGAGCAGUUCCUCACCAAGCUCAAGGACGUCGAGGACCCCGAGCAGAAGCGCAAGAUCAUCGGCAACACCUUCAUCCACGUCUUCGAGGCCGAGGUGGCCAAGCUCGAGAAGCAGGCCGAGGACGAGGAGGCGGCGGCGCUCGCGGCGGGCAAGCCGCAGGAGGCCAAGGGCAAGUUCGAGUACCUCCUCCAGGGCACGCUGUACCCGGACGUGAUCGAGAGCAUCUCGUUCAAGGGACCGUCGGCGACCAUCAAGACGCACCACAACGUCGGCGGUCUGCUGGAGGAUAUGAAGCUCAAGCUGAUCGAGCCGCUGCGCGAGCUGUUCAAGGACGAGGUGCGUGCGCUUGGACGUCUGCUGGGCAUUCCGGCGCAUCUGGUGGGCAGGCAUCCGUUCCCCGGUCCCGGUCUGGCGAUUCGCAUUCUUGGAGUGGUGACGCGCGAGCAGGUCAAGAUCCUCCAGCACGCCGACAGCAUCUACAUCGAGGAGAUCAGGGCGGCGGGACUGUACGACCAGAUCUCGCAGGCGUUUGCGGUGCUGCUGCCCGUGAGGGCGGUGGGCGUGCAGGGUGAUAAGAGGACGUACGACCAGGUGAUUGCUCUGCGUGCUGCGGCCACGACCGACUUUAUGACGGCCACCUGGUUCCCCUUCCCGCCCGAGUUCCUGAGCAAGGUCUCGAACCGCAUCACCAACGAGGUGCAGGGCGUCAAUCGCGUCGUGCUCGACAUCUCGUCCAAGCCCCCCGCCACCAUCGAGUGGCUCUAA